AGAAUCUUUAUCUGUAAAUAAAAAUUUUAUUGAUUGAUAUAAUUCGUAGUUUUGUAAUUUUAUUUUGUUUUGUUCUCGUUUUUUGGCCAUUUUUGAACAAUCACAAACCAGCAAAUAUUCAGUUCCAAGAUGGCCGCCACCUUAGUUGCAAAUCAAAACAAUGAUUAUUUUCUUGACAAAAACCUCGAUAAAGUCAUCAUCGGCUCAAAAGAUAUUUGUGACAACAAUGUUAUUUGAUAGCUGACUAUAAGCCAUUUAGUUUGUUCCAAAUUUACCAUUAUAAACAUGGCUUCAAAACAGCAGUUCACUGUCUUCCUGGGAAAUUUACGUAAGAACAUCCGGAUAGGCCUGCUGAAGCAAAAUCUGGUCAUGCUGCUGAAAGAAAUUGGGAUUGAAGUGCAGAAAUUUGAUAUUAACAUCAGCAAAGGUCAAUCGACAUGUUAUGCUUUUGUAAAUCUUGAUAACGGAAUGGAAGAACAGCACGUUAUACACACGUUAUCCGCGGCUGAUGGUCUCAGUUUGAAAACCGUGAGUUUGGACGACAUCGUUGCUAUGGAUCGGGCGUUGAGAGUAGCAAAGAAACACGAUCGAAUUGUCAAAGAAGUAAAAGAGCAGGAAAAUGAACAGAGGGUUAAAGAUGGUCAAGGUCUCUUUGUUAUGGAUCCUGAUUUGAUACAACAGAGCCCUAGAUAUAUGAACCCUUUCGAAAAUAAUAGACCCAAAAGUCCACCAAUGGGACGGCAGAAGUAUAAAAAGCGUAAAUCGAGAUCUAGAGCUGAAAAUACUUUGAAGAAAAGUAUAGACUUCUCUUCCGAUUCUGAAGAAGAAGAAGCCAGGCCAUCUCGUCCUAAUUAUGGGAUAGUUAGUCCGUAUGAUCAGGAGAACCGUGAAGAUAUCUGGCGGAAAGAUCAUCAUGAGGACAGUGAGGAUGAACAACUUGCGCUGAAAAAUCGUACAUAUCAGCAGCAAUGGUUGGACAAUGUGGUUGGUAAUCACGAUGCAUUCACCCCAAGUGUAAAUACCAAACAGACGAAUAUGUCUCCAACACAUGAAGAAGGACACUAUGUCAAAGCUUUGAAGAAGAAGUAUCCGUUUGACCAUUUUGUGCUGGGGCAUCAUGUCGGAGUUGAGGAUCGUAAUACGGAGUUCAAGGAGGGAGGUGGCAACACAUAUCUGAAGAAAAAACUGAAGGAACACACUGGGAAAUAUGUGGUGUCGUUUCUGAAUAGCAGCGGGGGGAAGCUGCUGGUUGGUGUCAACGAUGAAGGAAAAGUUGUUGGUGUGAAGUGUAACCAGAAGCAAGAAGAUAAGGCACGAAUCUCCAUCGACCAUGCCAUCAAGGCGAUCCGACCCAGUGUAUUCCCAGAAACUUACUCCAUCUCCUUUAUUCCUGUGAUAAGCUCCGAGGACAACACUUUUGGCGAUCUCAAGGUCAUUAGGAUUGCAGUGGAGAGUGCAGACUCGUCCCAUCUGUUCGAGACGAAGAGCGGGCAUGUUUACAUCCGGCGAGAUGCGAGUGUCCAGGGUCCUCUCAAGGCUCGAGAGAUACAGGAGUGGGCUGAAAUUCGGUAUCGUCUAGAGAUGAAGCAGAAGGAACAAGAACUGACCAAUCUGCGCUACCAACAGGCACAGUUGCGCGACCAACUGGCAGAAAGUGACACUAAAACGCAGGAACUCAACGAGACAUUGGCCAGAUUGGAGUCGGAAUACGACAAGAAAUCGAAAGUUUGCAUCAUUGUUUAGACAGAUGCGACAACAUGUUGUAUAUUUGGUGCUAUCGAAGGGGUAUACUAUAUGUAUUUAGGUACAUGUACAUUCAGUAUGUACCUGCCCAAUUAUGUAGCUUCCUGAUGAAAAUAUUGAUUGUUUACUUUUUCUCUUUUACAAUAUUGCUAAAGAUAGAACAUGCCAAUGUAGGACAUUAUUAUUGGAUCAUAGAGCAAAUGAACGCCUUCGAUACUGGCUUGUA